AAUGUGACGUCACGCAAUGGCGGCCUCCAUAUGGCUGUAAAAUCAACGUGAAUUUGCUCAUGUUUUCUAGUCUGUAACGUAAAGAAAAAUCAUCCAAAAAUAAUUUAAAAAAUUGGUGGAAACCACAAUAAGGUCCUCAGAGUGAACCUGCUUUAGCUGGGAACCAGUGUUCAUAUCUGACAUGGCUUCAUUUAAACCCACCAAAGUUCAGUUCCUUCCUAAACUAGGAGAGAAAGUAACGGAGGAAACACUCUACUGGAAGAAUUACAAGUCUCCUGUGCAAAUUAAAGAGUUUGGUGCUAUAACAAAGAUCGACUUCUCUCCUCUCCCACCUCACAAUUAUGCCGUCACAGCCUCCACCAGAAUCCACAUAUAUGGACCCCACUCUCAAGAGCCCAUACGGAGCUUCACACGUUUUCGGGAUACAGCGUAUGGAGGGCGCUUCAGAGGCGACGGGAAGCUUUUAGUGGCGGGAAGUGAAGAGGGACUUAUCCGGCUGUUUGACAUCAGCGGCCGAGUGGCUCUCAGACAGUUCAAAGGACACUCCAAGGCGGUACACAUGACCUCGUUCCUGUCUGACGGCUUUCGUGUGGUGUCGGGGUCUGAUGACCUGUCGUGCCGUGUGUGGGACGUUCCCAGUGCUGUUGAGCUCAGCUCGUUAACUCAACACACAGACUACAUCAGAGCUCUCGCCCCCAGCAAACUCAACCCAGAUCUGUUUGUCACAGGUUCGUAUGAUCACACAGUGAAAGUGUUUGACAUGCGGUCAGGGAGCAGUGUGAUGACCAUGCAACACGGCCAUCCUGUGGAGUGUGUGCUGUUGUACCCGUCAGAAGUCCUGCUGGUGUCCACAGGAGGGCGUUAUGUGAAAGUUUGGGACCUGUUGAAAGGCGGACAGGAGCUUGUUUCUCUUAAGAAUCAUCACAAAACAGUUACGUGUGCAUGUGUGAGUUCUGUAGGCAACAAACUGCUCACAGGAUCACUGGACAGGCACGUCAAAGUGUAUAACUCCUCUUAUAAGGUUGCACAUAAUUUCGACUGUGAUGCAUCCAUCCUUAGUAUGGCUAUUGCGCCUGAUGAUGAAGCGCUUGCCGUGGGGAUGACCAAUGGUGUGCUGAGUGUCAGGCACAGGAGACACCAAAAAGACAAAGAGACGUUAACUAGUCGAAGGCGACGGGGCCCGUCAUACCAGGUCUUUGUCAAGGGGAAGAACUUUGCGCCCAGACAGGAUGAUUUCUUGGUCAGUAAACCAGUGAAGCAAUAUCUACGGAAAUAUGACAAACAGCUGAAAAGCUUUGAGGUGUCCAAAGCAUUGGACACAGCUCUGCAGACAUGGACACGCACCAGUAAACCAGAUGUGACCGUAGCGGUUAUCAUAGAGCUCAACCGCAGAGGAACUCUGAAAAAUGCUCUCGCAGGACGAAAUGAAGAGAGCUUAACCAAGAUCCUCAACUUCCUUCUCAAGCACAUCUUUGACCCACGCUUCUCUCGGCCUCUGCUCAUGGUCGGGGAUAUUGUGCUUGAUCUGUAUCAGCAGGUUUUUCACGAGUCACCUGUAGUUGAGCGGCUGCUGCAGCGUCUUAUGGAGGUGUUGGGUCGGGAAGCAGAACUUCAGCAGGAGCUUCUGCAGGUCUUAGGAAUCCUAGACACACUUUUCACAUCACUGACCCCCAGAAAAGAGGUUGCGGCCCUUGCUGCCCCACCAGUAGCGCAGGAGUCACAGCUACAAGCCGCCUGACACUCAUUACAAAACUCUCGUGACGCAAACGAAACAUGCUGGACUUUGGCAGAGGCGUGGGGGAAAAUGAAAGGGAAAAUGGAAGGAAACAAACACGAGAGGCAGCUGUGGGAAAGAUGUUGCCCAAUGCCACUGAGUAAUCACUGUGUCAGUGUGUCCUCCGUUUCUGCUGAUGUUUGCAGAAUUUGAAACUGCAU